CAUAAGGACAAAUUUUCCUUAACUUGCAUUCUUGCCCUCAAGCAUCCUUUGAUGAGGGGCUCACUGCCUCUAUUGACUGCCCAGGAAGUUGGAGGUCACAGCUUGGCCGAGGCACAUGAGUCCCAGAGAAAGAAGAUGUUUUUAGCCCUUGAACCAGGGCCAGGCGCUUGGCUAACUUCACUGUGCCCUUCGUGUCAUGUGCUCGCGAAGAGGAUUUCGGUGAUGCUAAUCCCACUAAUGAGGGCUUCUCCCAGCCAUUACAUAAACCCCACAAGUCCCAGUGGCUUGGCAAGACAGCGCAGUAAAGAGAGAGCGCGCUUUUUGCCUUUUGAACUGAGUUCAAGGUAAUUAAAGUCAAGGGCGAGAGAAAGGGAGGGGAAUGGUGGUAGAAAUACCAGCAUAAUAAGUAGUAUGACUGUAGCGCUUUGUAAAUUGACUCAAUUAAACAAAGCCUGAUUUUUAACGGGGUUAACAUGGUGAGAAGUGCAGCCCUCAUUAAACCGAGCUGCUAGAGGAGUUUCUAAUUAAGUCAAAAUUGUUUCAGUUGUUUCACACUUAAAGCCACAUAAAACAGUGAGUGUGCAUGUGUGUGUGAACAUGGGCACACGUGCGUGUUUGGUGGUUUUGCAUGUGCUUUUGUAAAGGAGGGAGGCAAAAAGAAAAAAAAAGGACAAGGUCGAGUGUGAGAACGGGAAAGACGUAGGGACAGAGAAAGUCACAGGAGGAGGAAAAGCCAAAGGAAGAGAGGGUUCGAGAUUCUGUGAGGGAAGCAGAGAUUUCUCCCCAUUUUGGAGCCAUGAUCAAGCAGCAGCAGGCUGGCCUGCCAUGGUGGCUCACGCUCCUUUGCCUGGGUUCCUGCCUCCUCCCCAUGACCCGGGCUCAGUUUCCCCGGACCUGUAUGACCUUGGAAAGCGUAGUGUCCAAAGAGUGCUGCCCCGCUCUCGGUGUGGACCCUGCCAAUAGAUGUGGCAUGCUAGAGGGCAGAGGACAAUGUGCAGAGGUGCAGACAGACGCCAGACCCUGGAGUGGUCCCUAUGUGCUCCGGAACCAGGACGAUCGUGAGCAGUGGCCGAGAAAAUUCUUCAAUCGGACGUGCAGGUGUACAGACAACUUUGCUGGCUACAACUGUGGAGACUGCAAAUUUGGCUGGACCGGUCCCACCUGCAAUCAAAAGAAGCCGCCGGUUGUUCGGAAGAAUAUUCAUUCUUUGUCUCCGAGAGAGAGAGAGCAGUUCUUGGAUGCCUUGGACCUUGCAAAGAACACCAUCCACCCAGACUAUGUGAUUACUACUCAGCACUGGCUGGGCCUGUUGGGGCCCAAUGGAACCCAGCCACAAAUUGCCAACUGUAGCAUUUAUAACUACUUUGUGUGGUUACAUUAUUACUCUGUCAGAGAUACGCUAUUAGGACCAGGGCGACCAUUCAAAGCCAUAGAUUUCUCCCACCAAGGGCCGGCAUUCCUUACCUGGCACAGGUAUCAUUUAUUGUUGCUGGAAAGAGAUCUCCAGAGACUCACUGGCAAUGAGUCCUUUGCAUUACCUUACUGGAACUUUGCCACAGGGAAGAAUGAGUGUGAUGUCUGUACAGACCAGCUGUUUGGUGCUUCAAGACUGGAAGACUCAGCCUUGAUUAGUCAGAAUUCAAGAUUCUCCCGCUGGGAAAUUGUGUGUAACAGCUUGGAUGACUAUAACCGCCAGGUUACCUUGUGUAAUGGGACAAAUGAAGGUCUGCUGCGAAGAAAUCAACUAGGAAGAACCAGGGUACAGUUGCCCACCAUAGAGGAUGUCCAGGCGUGCCUUUCUCUUGAGAAGUUUGACAAUCCUCCUUUCUUCCGGAAUUCGAGCUUCAGUUUUAGGAAUGCCCUGGAAGGAUUUGAUAAAGCAGAUGGAACCUUUGAUUCACCAGUAAUGAGCCUCCAUAACUUGGUUCAUGCUUUCCUGAAUGGCACUAGUGCUUUGCCCCAUUCUGCUGCAAAUGAUCCAAUUUUUGUGGUCCUUCAUUCCUUCACUGAUGCCAUUUUUGAUGAGUGGAUGAAGCGCUUUAAUCCACCUGUUAAUGCCUGGCCUCCAGAGCUGGCACCUAUUGGUCACAAUCGGAUGUAUAAUAUGGUCCCUUUCUUCCCUCCUGUGACAAAUGAGGAGUUCUUUUUAACUGCAGACCAACUUGGCUAUGAUUAUUCCAUUAACUUGUCAGCUUCAUCUUCAGGGAAAGCCACCCAGGAUCAGACUCUAAUCCUGUCAGUUAUUGGGGCGGGCCUGGUUGCUUUAGUGGCCCUAUCUUUGUUACUAGUUCUCCUUCAGUACAGAAGACAGCGGAAAGGUUUUGCCCCCCUGAUGGAGACCAGGUUCAGCAACAGGAAAUACACAGAAGAUGCCUAACACUAAAGAAGACUUGCGUUAUAGCUAACCCUCAGAAGAAAGAAAGGGCUUAGACAAAUUUGAAGGAAUUAGCAUGGUUACUAGUUCUGUUUUGACUUGGAUACUGAGAAGAUUAUUUUCUAGGGAGCUAAUUGAAUUGUUCUUUCUUACACUGAACAUAUGGUUGGCAUAGGUCUUCCUUAGUGUGGCACUAUUCCAAAACAUAGGAGAUACUUAGCUUUUCCUUGAAUAAACUCACCGCUAGGAUGCUUGGGAAGUUUCUUUUACUCAAUAAAGGUAAAGUUUGUGAUUUUUCUCUCAGACAGUAUCUCAGUCUUCACAGUCAUCUGAAAGCACCAAUACAUGAAGAAGAAAGUUGCUUAAAAGUCGAAGAUCAUAGAAUAUUAGAGAUAGAUGUAAUAUUAGAGAUAAUGCCCAUUUUAAAAUGGGCUUCAGUUCAGCACAAUCAGCACAGUCAGACCUUUCCUCAAAUCAAUUACUUUCCUCCAGAGGACUUGCAUGUAAUUUUAUUCAAAAUUAGAUUGAAAAAUUAAAUUAAAAUUUCAAAUUAGAUCUUCAAAUUGCUGCAAUUCGCUCUGUUUUUUUCAGUGUGUGGACAAUGAAGAAAAGAGAAGAUAUAAACUCAAACAUAUAUAAAGAUACACAUAAAUACAUAUAUGUGCACACACACAUAUGUAAAAUUUAAAUUGGCAGCUGGGUUUUCCCUAAUUAAUUUCUUUUUUCUUUGACAUUGACCUCAAAUUGACCUAAUUUCCUUGCACGCUCCCUACAAUCUUCAAACCUCCAGUGUGACAAGGAAAAUUUGAGAAAAAUCUAAUUGAUGAAACAAUCACACAGAACAAACAAUAUUUACAACAUAAUUCUAUACCCAUAAUCCUCCACUUCUCUAACUCCUUUUAAAAAAAAAUAAGACUGAGAUUGGGCAACUGCAAUUUAGCAGGAUUUAAUAAAAUUUUCACAUUGUUUUUAUUUUUCUGAUUUUUUUUCUUUGCUCUGUGUCACUUCAUAUAUGUCUUCUGGGUUUCUCUGAAUUCUUCACAUUUAUUGUUUCUUCUUGCAAAUUACUUCCCCACCACAUUUAUAUAUCACAGAUUUGUGCUGCCAUUCCUCUUUCGAUGGGCACUUUUUUGUUUGGGAGAGAAGCAGGUUCAACUUGGGUUCCAUUUCUUCUCUCUCGUGCUUCUUCUGUUCAUCCCCUCUUCUCUUUUCCUUUGUCCCUCUUAUAUGACCUUCACUCAAAGGGUAUACAGAUUGAAUGUGCUUCAUUAUAAAUAAGGCUCUAUAUAACUCAUAUGAUUAGGAUGCCUGUAUGUAUAUUAAAUUUUGUAAUCUCUAAAUAGUCCACUUUCUAGACUCAAUAUUUUUCUGACAUGGUGAUAAGUACUGCAUAAAUAAAAACAUUAUGAGAAUCAA